GAAGACCGACAGAUUCUAACUGAGGAACAGACUUGAGCUCACAGUUUAUGACUCAUCAUCACUUGACAAAGGUGAAAAAAUCCUUUGCUGCAGUUGAGGUUACAAAAGGAAAGCUCUGACUGUUUUGUUGCAGCUGCAGAGACAUCAUCGCAGCGGAACAUUUUCCUUUAGGUCUUUACAGACCACAAGGUCUGGAAAAGGAAGUAAAGGAAAAGGAAAUAGUAUAAAGAAGUUACACUGACGGAAUAAUUGACAAACAGAGGGAAUGAGGAAUGACUGACUAGGGAGGACUCAAAGUCAAACUUGUUAGAAAGGCAAGGGAUAUAAGGACACAGUGACAAGUGAAGAAAUCUUCUUGGGUUGGGUGCAGCAGGAUUGUGCCAUGAUUCCCCCCGUGGUGGUUUUGCUGGUGCUCCUGUUGCUCUCUGGAACCAAGUCCUCUCUCCAGGGAGACACUCAGGAAAUGGGAAACAUUGAAGAGAUCUUGGAGAAAGAGUUUAUCGAUGCAUCAAAACGGCAAAAACGUGCCAUGGUUGACCACAGCGCUUCCCAAACAGACAAAUGUUCUUACACCUUUUUUGUCCCUCAGCAGAAAAACAAUGGGGCCAUCUGUGUGAACUCCAAGGAGCCUGAGGCCAUGCUGGAGAAUCGGGUCAAUAAGCAGGAGCUGGACCUGCUCAACAGUGAGCUGCAGAAGCAGCAACGGCAGAUUGAAUCACUGCAGGAGUUGGUAGCAGUAGAUGGGGGGGUGGUCAAUGAAGUGAAGCUACUGCGUAAAGAGAGUCGCAACAUGAACUCCAGAGUUACACAGCUUUACAUACAGCUGCUGCAUGAGAUUAUCCGCAAACGAGAUAAUGCUCUAGAGGUGUCACAGCUGGAGAUCUGUGUGCUCAACCAUACAAACGAGAUGGGGAGGCUAGCCUUACGCUACCGCGACCUGGAACAUAAGUACCAGCAUCUGUCAGCUCUUGCAAGUAACCAGAGCGCUCUCCUGCUGCAACUAGAGGAACAUUGUAAGUUGGGAGGAUACUCAUAUGGUAUAGUGGAGGACAGGAGCCGCGCUGCCCGUUCACAGCCUCCUCUACAGAUGCCUAUACUUUCACCUGGAGGCUACAGGCCCUUUCACCCACCUACCUACACCCGCUACACCAAUAAACCCAUGACAAAUGACAUACAGAGUGACCAGAACUCCAAAGCAUUAGCACCUCCAUUGCCCACAAUGCCAAGUGCAACACACAGUUUUACAAGUGAGCCCUCUGGUCCUUUCAAAGACUGUCUAGAAGCUCUGCAGGGUGGAUACACCACCAGUGGCAUGUACCUCCUGAAACCAGACAAUGGCAACCGAUUCAUGCAGGUUUGGUGUGACCAGAGACAAGACCCUAGUGGCUGGACUGUCAUUCAGAGACGUCAGGAUGGUUCUGUGAACUUCUUUAGAAACUGGGAGACGUACAAGCAAGGGUUUGGAAACAUUGAUGGUGAACACUGGUUAGGCCUAGAGAACAUCUACUUGCUGACCAACCAGGGCAACUACAAGCUGCUGGUGACUCUGGAAGACUGGGCCGGACGCAAGACCUUUGCAGAAUAUGCCAACUUCCGUGUGGAGUCUGAGGCCAACUUCUAUAGGCUGCAAAUGGGCCGAUACCAUGGCAACGCUGGAGACUCACUUACCUGGCACAAUGGCAAGCAGUUUACCACACUGGACAGAGACCAUGACACCUUCACAGGUAACUGCGCACACUACCAGAAGGGAGGGUGGUGGUAUAAUGCCUGUGCUCAUUCCAACCUUAAUGGUGUGUGGUACCGCAAUGGGCAUUACCGCAGCCGUAACCAGGAUGGGGUAUACUGGGCCGAGUUCAGAGGAGGAGCUUAUUCUCUGAAGAAAGUGACCAUGAUGAUACGACCCAAUGCCAACACCUUCCAUUAACACUAACACAAAAUCUCACAGGGGUUUCCAUUUCUUUAUCACAAAAAGUAUGAAUUCUUAAUUUUAAAUGUCAGUCUUUGUUUUUAGUUUUUGUUUUGUUUGUUUUUGCUAUUGGUUGCUUUAUGCUGAUAAUAUAGCUUGAAAUUGCAAAGGCUCAUGCUGUAAUGCAAUAGGAGCUGUGCAGCAUUUUGUUGUUUUAUUCAUCCUACAGGCAUAGAUUUUUGCUUUUUUUUAUUAUUAUUAAUAAUAAUAAUAAUGGUACAUUAUGUCCCCCCAGGAUUUAUGCUUGGUUCGGGUGGGGUGGGACAGGAGGUUGGCAUCAGCAGAGCGGAGUGUGCAGGUGGGAGCGUGAUGAUGGAGGAACUCAGACAGAUAGGGUGGGGCCUGGUUAUUGAGGGCUUUGUAUGUUAUAAGGAGGAUUUUUAAGUGGAUUCUCUGGGGGAUGGGGAGCCAGUGGAUCUUAUGGAGAACGGGGGUGAGGAGGUCACGGGUGAGAGAGUGGGUGAGUAGCCGAGCAGCAGAGUUCUGCAAAAAAAAAAUUUCUAAGAUCAGAUCACUCCUCUCCUUGAAAGAUGCAGAGACUCUUAUUCAUGCCUUUGUAACUUCAAGGCUAGAUUAUUGUAAUGUGCUUUUAUCUGGGCUGCCCAAGAAGAGCUUUCGUGGUCUGCAGUUGGUCCAAAACGCAGCAGCCCGUUUGCUGACUGGACUAUCCCGCUAUGAACACGUUAGCCCUGUAUUGGCCUCUCUUCAUUGGCUCCCUGUUCGGGUCAGAGCCGAUUUCAAGGUGCUGUUGUUGACUUACAAAAUUGUAAAUGGUCUUGCUCCAAUUUAUAUGUCAGAACUUGUUAACACUUAUGUACCCAUACGACCUUUGCGCUCCCAGGCGAGUGAUUAUCUGAGUGUCCCAAAAGUGAAUAAAAAAACAGCAGGUGAGCGGGCUUUUUCCUUCCGCGCACCUACUUUAUGGAACAGUCUUCCCUUGGACAUCAGGCAGUCAUGUUCAGUUGAGGUUUUUAAAGCCAAGCUUAAGACCCACCUGUAUGCUGCCACGUAUGAGUAGGUGUUUGUGCCUUUUCUUUUAUUCAUGUUUGAAUUGUUGUUUUAUUAUUAUUAUUGUUAUGCCUGUUUUCACAUGUUUUUAAACGUUCUGCAACUGUACAGCACUUUGAUGGAAAGUGCUCUAUAAAUAAAAUUAUUAUUAUUAUUAUUAUUAUUAUUAUUAUACACUGGAGCUUAUUGAGGGUUUUUGAAGAUGAGCCAUAGAGUAGACUGUUGCAGUAGUCCAGACAGAAGGUGAUGAAAGCAUGGAUGAGGGUUUCUGCAGCUGAGGAGGAGAGGGGUGGACGGAGGCGGGCGAUACUCUUGAGGUGAAAGAUGGCUGUUUUGGCUAUGUGUUUAAUGUGCUGGUCGAAGGAGAGGGAUUGAGGGAUUGAUCGAGAAUAACGCCAAGAUUUCGGAUGUGAGGGGAGGUGGAUACUGCGGAGCCGUCGAUGUUGAGGGUAAAGUUAUGGGUCAAAUCAACAGUGCACACAAAUCAACAAAAGCACAGGCAAACAUACAUUAAGUGAAUGUAAUAUCUCACGUGUUCUGCUCUGUGUGUGCUUUUAGAGAUUUUGUUGAUAACCUGAUUUUGUUAUGUGCUGAAUGAAAUCACAUUGCAAAGACAAAGAAAUUUACACCAAUCAGCCAGAAAAUAAAACCAAUAACAGGUGAAGUGAAUAACUUUGACUAUUUUGUUCCAAUGCAUUGUUCUGCCCCCCCAGCAUGCUGCUUUUUUCUGCUGGGAGGACACUGCCACUAGGGAGUACUGUUGCCAUGAGGAGGGGUAAUUGGUCUGCAGCGGUGUUUGAGUGGGUGGAACAUGUCAGGUGGUAUCCACAUGAAUGCCAGAAGCAAGGGUUUCCCAGCAGAACAAUGCAUUGGAAUAAAAUAAUCAGUCAUUCACUUCACCUGUCUGUGGUUUUAAUGUUUUGGCUGAUCGGUGUAUAUCCAAAAAUCAAAAAUGUCUGCUGGCAAAAAACUGGCACUUCAGAUAAUUACUAGUACUUAUAUUAUAUUCUGUAAGUAUGAUAUAUAGAAGGAUCAGUUCUACAGAACAUAAACUGGUUAUUUAUUUUUGUAACAAUUUCCUAAAAGAUUGCAGUAAAUCUGUCUAAUUUGUCAGGAUAUUCUACUUGUCAAGUCCUUCGCCUAUUAAGUGUCAUCCAAUAUUUGGGUUUGAUAAUAGUUCAGUGAGGUUUAGAGGGCAACUCAGUUAUUCCCUCCACCCUCUACUACCACCAGAUAUUCUGUGUGUAAAUUAAUUUUUAAUUUACUGUAAUUAAUUUUUAAUAUUUUUUUUAAAUAAUUAAUUUUUAUAGUCUGUAUGUUGUCAAUCUUGCAAUAAACUAUGUAUGACUGUUUCCAGUGAUCUCAUUUCAAUCAGUUCUAUUCUUUAAUGAUACAUUUAAUACCUGAGACACUAAGAAAUUCCUCCAGCCUCCUCCUUCUUUCCCAGGUAGGUAACCUCAACAAUUCCAUCACUCCAACCCAAAAUCAAAGCCCUCGUGCCCUUCACACAUUUAUGCUGUGUUCCCACCAAAUGCGAUGAACGUGAUUUAAUCGCUCGUAACACGCUGCCCGUAACGCCCGAGUUUCGACACCUGACCAUUUUGUUAAUUCGCGUUAUCGCGUCAUUCGCGCGAGUAGCGGGGAAGCCGGCUGUGCUAACUGGAGCUAAGCUAGUGCUAACAUUCAUAGUACAACCAUACUGCAAACUAAUUAAAGACACAUAUUUACAGAACUUACCAAGUAGACCAGUCUCCUCGGAGUCUUUCACCUAAGCCUGCUCCUUUUUGUUGCAGUCUCUGUAGAGUAGACACAUAGUAUCAUAUAGCUCCGGGUAGCCACUGACGACCAUGGCUGAGAUAACCACCAUCGCUGCUUUGUACCUGCUCUGGAAGUCCCAAAUGCGUUGGAGGGCCAAACGCCGUCGUUUUUGGGUUCACCCUAUCCUGCAGAAGCGCAUCCAGCUCGGCGAGUUUCAUCACCUCUUCCAGGAACUCCGUCUGGAUGAUAGCCGCUUUCAGCGGUACUUCAGGCUGACUGGGGCCCAGUUUGAGGACCUGUUGGCGAGGGUUGGCGCCAGGAUCUCCCGGCUCCAUUUCAGCUGCGGAGCGUCUGUCCAUCUGUCUCCGGUGAGUAGCAGUUUAUUACUGUGUCAAAAACUGGACGUUGUUGACACACGCCAGUGACGUCAGGAGAAUCUCAACGCUGAUUGGCUUUCGCGGCACAGCGUCACACGAAUUCGCCUCAAAAGUUCAAUAUUUUCAACUCAAGCGACGAGACGUUGGACGCGAAUUUCGCGUCUAUCGUGCCGCGCUAGACGCCUCGAUCGCGUCCAUUGCGUUCAUCGCGUCGCGCUAGAUGUGUCCAUCGCGCCGCCCGGCGCGAUUUCGCGUCUAAUCGCGUCUUUGCAUUAACUUUGUAUGUAAUCUUGACACGCGAAUUUGCGAAUUCGUGUUUGGUGGGAACACAGCAUUAGAAUACAAUCACAAGUCCAAUUAACAGAGAUGAAGGAGUACCGUGAUAUCAUGAGCUCCAUCGACAUAGACCCUACGCCUUAUCCUACUCCACAGUCUGACAUGCAUCUCCCCAGAAAUGUAAGCUGAAACCAUUUCCCUCAGUGGAAACAAAGCUUUUAUUUACUUAAAUUUUACAGAGGAUUUAUACUUUGGGAUUUAGCCCGGCUUCAUAUAGGCAAAGGAAAUCUCUGCUCAUUGCAAGGCUAAUUUAUACAAUGUAAAAUGAUUAAAGUUGGUUUUGGGUGUGUUCCGAAUCAACUAAACUUAACAGCACUUCACAGGAACCCCGCCGUCGACUAGUGUUUUGGAGGUGUAACUCCAGGCUGACACAGACACAACAUUGCACAAGUAUAAAUGCUUACAACGGUGUGGGCCACGUGCGUAGGCUACAGUGUAGGGUCUGCUGCACAAGUAUAAAUCCCCCUUAAGGAGGGCCACUGAUGCAGGAGGACGUGCCUGUCCCUGCUCUGUGUUAACCUCUUCUUAGUGGCAGAGAUCAGACAAGUUAGCACCAGCAGCUCAAACAAAGUCUUAGAACGAACUUCACAAGCACAGGAGUAAUAAAGUGUACUAAGUGCUGAACUGGUAACUUUGCAAGAACAAAGCGCGAUUACUUUCCUCCACCCUCACAGUUGGAACAGAGCACAGCAAUGGAGUGGACAUUUGUUUAGACAGUUCCACACAUAAUAAUUUUAAACACAGAUUUUUUUGGGACUUUACGGCCUAAACUUUACACACAAUACGUCCUAAACCUGUCCCCAAGAAGAAUGACAAAACUGCACUGAAAGAAACAACACUGGACGUGUGUUUGAGCGAGCAAAGGACUGACUCGCUUGCGAAAAUCCACGAGGCAAGUUUUGCAACAGUAGGGGCUGGCUCCACAGCACCAUCAAAGGAAUCGUCACCAUCAGACCUGCUUCUUGCCAUCACAAACUUAGACAAAAAAACUAGAAGCAAAGUUUUCAGUCUUUCAUCAAAUUUCAAAAGCUUAAGUCAGAUGUUACAGAGACCAGAGAAUGUGUCCUGUCACUUGAAACUGGUGUUAACAACCACGACACCCGGCUAGAUGAGCUGAAGUCCCGCUGUAGCUCCCUUAAGUCCAAAGAUAAACACCUGAAACCCAAACUAGAAGACCUAUAUCCUAAUCCAGAUCCAGAUUACACAACAUCCGAAUUGUCAGGAUGUUUCUUAUUCAGGUCUCUCUUAGUAAAGAGACCUUAACCUCAAUCACUGCGUGAUUAUAUAAAGGUAGAAAAAUAAAAUACAGAGGAGGAGAACAGAAUAUGAAACAGCCUUUAUUUCAUUAAAAACUAAAUGAAAACAAAGAAAUAGGAGCGCUAUUCCUGACCAGUGCGUCAAAAGACAUGCAGGCCAGGGAAACGAAACAAACAACCCCAUGAA